GCUUGCGAUAUAUUGUUGUCGGCUCAGUGUCGCGCCGCGCUCGGCCAGACGCGCGACUUUUCGAUCGCGGAUCCGUCUUCCUGAGUCCGAUAGACAAGACGCGAGUGCGAUGGACAACAAGAAGAGGGUGCAGAAGGAGAACCCGGCCGACGGCGCUAACCCACUCAGUACCUUGUUUCUAUGGUACACAAGACACAUAUUCUGGGAAAGCAACCGAAGAGACCUCACGUUCGACGACAUAUACGACCCUUUGGAGGCAGAUGAAUCGGAGCGCCUUGGAAAUCAACUAGAGAGAGAAUGGAACCGCGAGUUGGAAAAGCGCCGCCAGCUGGAGUACGCCCUGAACAGCGAGGGCAAGAAGAUCCUACCAAAGCACGCGAAAGCAAGCCUAAGCAAGGCUCUGGUGCGGAUGUUCUUCUGGCAAAACGCUUGGCUGGCCCUCAUCCAGAUAGUCAAUUUCCUCGUGUUCGUAGUGGUCCAGCCCAUCUUUCUCGGUUGGGUCAUUGACUACUUCAAGGUCGGACAGGAUGUGUCGACGGCCGCCAGGGACAAGGCUCUGCUUUACGUCACCUGGAUGAUCCUAGCCAAGUUGGGAAACGUCGUGAUGAUCCAUCACGGCUACAGAGUCUCCUGGCUCAUGGGCAUGAGGGCCAGAGUCGCCUGCUGCACGCUUAUCUACAGAAAGACACUGCGACUCAACAAAUCGGUACUCGAUCAGACGGCAGCCGGCCAAGUCGUCAAUCUCAUGAGCAACGAUGUCAGUCGCUUUGACCAGUUUUUCAUGUUUUUCAAUAACGUCUGGAUCACACCCAUUCAGAUCAUUCUAAUCGUCUACGUUAUGUGGGACUCGAUCGGAGUGCUGCUGAUGGUCGGCAUUGCUAUCCUGGUGGUAAUAGCGGUCCCGCUCCAGUCGAUCGUCAUCUACACGAGCAAGAUUCUCAGAUCGAAAAUCGCCGUUCUGACCGACACGAGGGUCCAGCUGAUGAGCGAGCUGGUCGCCGGAAUUCAGGUCGUAAAAAUGUACGCGUGGGAGAAGCCGUUCGAGAAGAUCGUUAACAAGACUCGCCUGGCCGAGAUGAAGAAGAUCACGGCGACGUCGCACGUGCGCAGCAUCUUCCUCAGCUCGAUGGUCUACACCGAGCGCACGACCCUCUUUGCCACCCUCGUCCUCUUCGUUCUCAUGGGCCAUCAUCUCACCGCGGAUAUAUCCUUCGUCAUGGCUACCUACUUCAACAUCCUUCAGCUGUCCAUCAUCUACAUGAUGCCCAGCGGGCUCAUCGCGGUCGGCGAGGCCUCCGUGUCCAUAAAGCGGAUCCAGGAAUUCCUACUCCUGGACGAGAUCACGACGUCCAAGGUCGAGGUCCCGAAGAUCGCGGAGAGAUCGACGAAGGGCGAGAUCAUCCUGACGGAGAAGAUCAAGGAGGUUCUGCAGCGCGAUGACGCGAGAGCCAAUUUGCCGGUGGAGAUUAACUUCCACCGGGUCUCGGCGAACUGGGUGUCCGGACAACUGCCCCCGACCCUGAACGAGCUGAGCUUCAAGGUCGAGGCGGGCAGUCUCUGCGCCUUGGCCGGGACAGUGGGCUCGGGAAAGUCGGCCAUUCUGAAUCUCCUGCUGCGCGAAUUACCUCUGGGGGCAGGCAUCGUGUCGCUGAGGCAGAAACUCGACGAGGAAUUCAGUGCCUCGAAGCAGCAGUCUGGCUUUCACAUGGACAACGCCAACCUCAAGGUCUCCUACGCCAGUCAGGACGCCUGGAUGUUUUCGGGCACCGUCAGGGAGAACAUCCUUUUCGGACAGGAAUUCGACGCCGAGCGGUACAGCGAGGUGACGGAAGCCUGCGCCCUGCGCCGGGACUUUGAGCAGCUGCCCAAGGGCGACCUGACGGUGGUCGGCGAGCGCGGCUCCUCGCUAUCCGGGGGCCAACGGGCCCGAGUCAACCUGGCCCGCGCCGUGUACCGACGGGCCGACAUCUACCUCCUGGACGAUCCUCUGAGCGCCGUCGACCCCAAAGUCGCCAGACACCUGUUCGAGCGCUGCGUCAAGGAGUACCUCAACGGCAAGACGAGGAUCCUCGUGACCCACCAGCUCCAGUUCCUCAGGAGGGCCGACUUGAUCGUGUUUCUCGAGCGCGGAAGCGUCAAGUACCACGGCUCGUACGAAAACAUCACGAAUCUCAAUCCGAAGAUCAUGGAUAUACUGAAGAACGACGAUGAAAAGCACCCGAAGAACGAGGAGCAGAAAGACGAUUCCGAUGCCGUCAGCCAACACGGCGACGAUUCCUCCGUUAAGUCCUUAGAGAUCUCCGAGAGCGAAGCCGAGACCUCGUCGAACUCAGCGGACGAGGAGGAUACCCAGCGCAAGUACAGCAACCUCCACCUGUUCAAGACGUACUUCCGAGCCGGUGGUUCCUGGUGCUUGCUCGUGUUCUACGGCCUGGUACUGGUCCUCACUCAAUUGGCAACCAGUGGAACCGACUACUGGCUCGGCUAUUGGGUCAACAUCGAGGACAUUCGCAUGAGCGCGAAGAACAGAACCGCCGAGAAAAUGAUCAUCAAUAAAUACGAUCCGAUCGCCAACGUUUCUGGCGAGAAAAUCUUUACGGAGUUCGACGCGGACAUCGACCAAGAAGGACUGCUGUCGACGCUCGACGCCAUCUACGUCUAUGCCAUUAUCCUUGUCUUCUGCACGAUACUCUGCCUACUCAGGAAUUACCUUGUUAUCAGAAUAUGCAUGAGAGCCAGUCAACGACUCCACAAGAUCAUGUUCGCCAAUCUCUUGCACGCGACGAUGAAUUUCUUCAACAAGAAUCCCUCGGGUCGCAUUCUGAACCGAUUUUCCAAGGACACCGGAUCGAUGGACGAGCUUCUCUCGAAGAACUUCACCGAAGCCAUUCAGAUCUUCUCUGUGAUGAUCGGUAUCUUGGGUGUGAUCGUGGUCAUCAACCCCUGGAUGCUGAUCCUCAUCGUCAUCAUCGUGAUCGUAUUCUGGAUCGGUAAGACCAUCUACUUGAACGCUGCUCAGAAGAUCAAGAGGCUGGAAACUGCCGCAAAAAGUCCCGUGUUGACGCACGUGAGCGCGUCUCUGAACGGACUGACGACGAUCCGAAGCUGCGGUAGACAGAUCGAGGGCAGGCUGAUCAAGGAGUUCGAUCGUUAUCAGGACGAACACUCCGGCACCUGCUUCCUCACGAUCGUCACCAAUGUCGCGUUCGGCUUUUUCUUGGACUUCCUGCUUGUGAUCUUCAAUGCCUUCAUCGCCUACACCUUCGUUUUCUUGAACUCCGGGAACAUCCUGGGCGGCAACGUGGGUCUGGCUCUGUCCCAAGCUUCGAUCCUCACCGGUAUGGUUCAGUACGGGUUCCGUCUCUUCGUCGAGGUCAUGUCCCAGAUGACCUCCGUCGAGAGGAUAGUCGAGUACACCCACCUCCCGAAAGAGCAUCCCUUGGAAUCUCCCAGUCCGUUGCCGGACAACUGGCCGAGGCGCGGCAAGAUUGUCCUGAAAGACGUGUCCAUGCGCUACGAGGAAAGCCAGCCGUUCGUCUUGAAGGAGCUGAACAUAACGAUCGAGGCGGGUUGGAAGGUGGGCAUAGUCGGGAGAACCGGUGCUGGCAAGUCCUCGAUAAUAGCAGCCCUGUUCCGACUGACCGGCGACGGGCUCAAAGGCGCGAUAAAGAUCGAUGGUCUCGACACCGGCAGUGUCGGGCUACAGGAUCUCAGGACGAGGAUCUCCAUUAUACCGCAGGAGCCAGUGCUCUUCUCCCAGAGUCUUCGCUAUAACCUAGACCCGUUCGGCCAGUACGACGACGCCGUGCUCUGGGAAGCCCUUCGCGAGGUCGAGCUGAACGAGCUGUCGCUGGACCAGCAGGUCGCAGAAAAGGGCAGCAACUUCAGCGUCGGUCAACGCCAGCUGAUCUGCCUCGCCCGAGCAAUCGUGCGGCAGAACCUGAUACUCGUUCUGGACGAGGCCACCGCCAACAUCGACACGCACACUGACGCAAUCAUUCAAAAUACGAUAAGGAAAAGGUUCGCCAAGUGCACCGUGUUAACCGUUGCCCACAGGUUGAACACGAUAAUCGACAGCGAUCGAAUCAUCGUCAUGGAUAACGGAACCAUUGUGGAAUUUGGCUGCCCGCACGAGCUUCUGCGCAAGAAAACAAACGGACACUUCGCAAAAAUGGUGAGCCAGACCGGCAAGGCCAUGUCCCGAAAGCUGGAAAAGCUCGCGGAGCAAGCUUGUCUACGAAAUACGCAACAGCUCAGCCUCGACAUCUCCGACGGCUCGGGCGACAGCGCCGAUACGGUCGAAGUUCCGUCGGACGAGAGCUACGAUAUUCGGCUGUAGAAACAUUAGAAAAAUCCACGCUUAUAUAUAUAUAUAUAUAUAUAUAUAUAUA